AUGCUCUCUCCACAGGCUAGUCGCUACGCUGGGAUCCAGGUCCAUUGCCAGAAGACUGAACCGAAAAGCCAUCCUGGACGUGGAUGUCCCCAAUGCAUGCCGAGUUAUUAUCAAUCCGGACGCACCUAUGGCCCUUCGACUGCAGGGGAGCUUGUUGUGAGACCUGUUUCUCGGUAA